CCACUCCUUGAGAAUGUAUAGUAUUGAAAUUAUUGCCAAAACUACCAUUAUGCUGUGUUAAAAAAAAUUUGGGACCCUUAAUGGGGUCUGGCAUAAGCCAACCUCAAGUACAAUUUGCUCAUUAAAUAAUAUUUAUCACCUUACCCAUAUCUAUUCUGUACCUGUGUGAAAAAUAUAUUUGUACAUACUUAAUUAAAAGUAAGAAAGUGGACUCUUGGAAGAAGGAUAACCUACAAAGACUUUUCACUUGAAUUAUAACAGUAAUCUAUCCAGCCUUUGUGGAUGUGGAAAGAUAUUGGAAUUUGGAGAAUUUCCUAGACCAACCAGAUGAACAAUAAUCCAAAAAGAUAAUUUAUGGGCAUUAUAAAAGGAAACAGUUGCUUGGCAAUAUUUGGUCCUAUUGGCAGUAAAAAACUGUUAGCACACUAUAAAAAAACGCCAUAGAUAGGCAUAUAUAAGCAAGCAGUUGAAAAAACAAGUAAAAUGAGUAAGUCAGUUGAAGUUGAUUGCACAAAACGUUGCAAAUCACGAAUUCAUGGCCAAUCAUUAACUAGUGCAAUAACGAAGAGAUCUGUCAGCGAUGAGUCUCUUGCUAGCUUUAUUAAAUCAACCUGUGCUAAUUUUGCAAAGGCUUUUGAUUUUGAGGGACGAACAGCUUUGCAUAUGACAGCUUCAAGAGGGAGGAAUGGUUUAAUGGAAUGGCUUGUCCGUCAUUCAUCUGAUGCAUUCAUUAAUGCACGUGACCGUGAGUCUGGAUAUACCCCAUUGCAUAGAAGCAUCUUCUAUGGCCAGAUACAUUCAGCCGUCACUUUGAUGAAACUUGGUGUAAACACGGAUAUCGUCGAUAAAGAUGACUACAAGGCACUGGAUCAUGCGAUGCUUGACAAACACUACAUGUGCAAGCUGUCUAGCUACGAGCCAUGUGAUGUGUACGUGUGGGGGAGCAAUUCUAACUACACGCUGGGCACGGGCUCGCACCAGCCGCGGAAUGUUCCAGACUUACUCACCUGCUUCAGUCGUACCAACGCUAAUGUUAAACAAGUGUGCCUCGGCAAGUUCCACAGUGUAUGGGUUAGCGGGACUGCUAACGAAGGAGGUGAAGUAUGGUGUGCGGGCCAACCGGCCAGAGCAGGCGGUCCUCACUCCACAGCGCUUCGCCCAGCUCCGUUGAAAUUGCCAGAACCUUGCAUUCAAGUCGCUAUAACAUUGACUUCUACGGUUUUCUUGCUGCAGAGCGGCGCUGUAAUCCAAUACUCGCUCAACAACACGGAGAAUCCAAGUCCAUCAACUGUUAAGAGCCCAACAACAAUCAAGCUUGCGUCGGUGAAGCCUCUCAUAAAGAUAUCCCAUCCGCUGGGGAUUUGCGCCGGGAGAUCGCACUCAGUUGUUUGGAACGCACACGCUGUGUACACUUGGGGUCUGAACUUGGGACAGUUGGGCCAUUCGCAGGAGGAUAAAGUUGUUCCUGCUCCUAAAAGGGUGGGAAUUUCCCUAAACAACAAAGAAGAGGCGAGCUUGCAAUUGGUGGACGCGUCCGACGCUGCUACAGUCAUCACGACCAGUCGCGGAGACGUGUAUCUACUUCACAAACAUAUAUGCAAGAAGAUCGCCAUCAAGCAGAUCAAUCUUCGACAAGUGUCCGUAGAAGCUAAAGUGAGUGAACAAGGUGCCUACUCAAGAGUUACUGUCUUACUUCUGACCAAUGUUGGCCAACUGAUGUUAUGGCAAGAUGCGACCAACAAAUUGACCAGAUGCGUAUUCGGCCUCAGCCACCAAACUAUUAUAAAGCACGUUGUCCUCACUCACGACGCACUUUAUUUUACAACAAAAUAUGGCGAAGCGUUCAUUGGUAACAUAUCGCGCAAAACCACGCCUCCUGCCUCUCAGCCAAUCAAGAAAGAGCGGGAAAAGGACAACAGAUCCGCUUUGGUGAAGUUUUUAGAGAAGGAUGAUUGUACAUCAGUUAGAAUCACGAAGAUUCCGAAUGUGCAUCGGGCUGUCACGAUCGCUGUAGAUAGCGAAGGACUUAAUUUUGCGUGCCUACAGAUGAAACCGACAUGUGGCCUAACAUCGUUACCGGAUUUGUCACCUUCUUGUCUCUCUAAACAUAUGGAAUCUCUCCUUGAAACCGCAGCUGAAGACGAUAUUCUACACGAUGUUAUAUUUAAGGUUGGCGUCAAACAUUUCCCUGCACAUAUAUUCAUAAUAGCCUCAAGCAGCGACUAUCUGUACAAGUUGUAUCAAGAAUCACGCACAAAUGAGCACAAACCUAUAAUUAACCUUGAAAACGUCCAUCCCGAGGUUUUCGAACGUAUUAUGAGAUAUAUGUAUACUGGUGUUUGCGAUGUGGCUGAAUUGGGGCCUUGUGGCCUUAAGAUAAGGAGGGAAGAUCUAGUUAACGCUAAAAAAGACAUUGAAGAUGUAAAGGAUGGUGUUGAAACAGAUAUUCAGUUAAUUGAUAAUCCUGCCGAGAUCUCAGCAUUCGAAGUGUACAAAAACCCAGAGAAGAAAAAAGGCAAUCGAAAACGCCAUACGGAAACUCCACCGCGGCCACACCUGUACUGUGAUCCCGUUAAACUAGUGCAAGCAACUGCUAAGAGACUCCAAGUUAUGGGACUGCACAAACUGCUCGAUAAAUUCUAUUACAGAGAUGGCAAAGUAUGCCUUAAAGACAGCGCAACAUAUACUAAAAAUGGGCCACUGACAUGGGAUCCGGAUAGCUUCCCAGAACUAGUGGACACCAAUGUUUGCUCUAAAGAAGGAAUGUUGAUAUCUGCCCAUAAGUGUGUACUAGCAGCCAGACUGGAGUACUUUCAGGGAAUGUUUAUGCAUUCAUGGACUGAGAGUAAACUUCUGUCAAAAGUUACCCUACCAAUCAGCCAUGGAAUUCUUUUGCCAGUUAUUAAUUUCCUCUACACGGACGCCUGCCCAGAAGUCGAAAGUUCUGACAGUAUUGACUUUAUUUGUAGCAUGCUGAUUGUUUCUGACCAAUUAUUUAUCAGCCGUCUUCGAGAAAUGUGUGAGAUCGCACUCGCAAAUCUAAUAUCCUUGAAAAACUGCACAGAGCUAUGUCAGUUCGCGCACACAUACAAUGCCGCUCAGCUCAAACAGUGCUGCAUGGAAUUUAUAUCUCUUAAUAUUAGUAGCAUUCUGGAAAGUAGAUCAUUAGGUUGCCUGGAAGAUACUUUAUUGGAGGACAUUUCCAAAUACUACUGUAUGUUCAACCCCAUUAUGUCCUCCCGAAUUGUAACUCCGUUCUACAAUUCACCAAGCGACGAAACUAUUGAUGAAUGCGCAAAAUUGGUACCUAUAGAUUUGGAAGUUGUAGAUGAAGAUUUCAAAAAAGAGGAUAGCAUUAUCGAAAUUAAAAAGAAUAAGAAGCAGAAAAAGAUAGAAUAUACUGAAAGUGAGAAAGCGAGAAUGAGAUAUGAAUCUGUUAGCUCAGUGACAUCUUUGGAUCUUUCUAACGACACAUCAGGAGAUGUUACAUUGUCUCUUCGCUCAAUUUCCAAGGAAGAAGAUAAGAAAAACAGACAGACUGAGAAAUGGACAGAAGUCCCUACAUCUCAGCAGAAGCAGCAAAAAGUUGUGCAAGCGCGUCUUAAAGCCAUUUCUUCUGCUAAAGAUAUCCUGAAUGAACCCCCGGUCAAUACAUUUACAAAGCUUACUAAGAAUAAUUCUUUUUGCGCCAUUCAAGAACCUUCUACGCCAACUACAUCGCGGAUGUCAGUUUCUCCUAAGGAUUCAACACCCUUCUCUGAUAUGAACAGGGGCCAAGGAAAUCUAGUCAUCAGCCACGUGGGACCGAAACUUUCUCAAAAACAAAGGAAGAAAUUAGCCUUAGAAAAUGAGACAUCUUCUCCUCAGGCACUUGACAAUUUUUUCAAUAAACUAACUGUGGGUAGCCCUCCAGAUAAGCCCAAAAAUCCUUGGAAAAUUUGUGAAGCACCCAUCGCCAAUAGUAGCCCUAAUAAGCCAAAUUCAAUGGAAUUUGAUAAAAUUUUAGCAGAUCAGAAGAAACAGAAAGAUGAUUCUUCCAGAAUUAUGACUAAACCUCUUUGUUUGACGCAGCUUGAAGAUAAAGCUAUAGAGGAAUUGGAAAGAUUUUACAAUAUACACGAGGUUGAUGAUGAGUUCAUAACUGUGAGACGCAUAGAGCUGCAUGUGUCUUCGCCACAAUGGAUUCAUACUGCCCAUAAGUGAUAAUAAUUGGUGUGCUAUUUUUACAUAUAAAUAUUGAUAUUGUGAUGAAAAUGAUAUUUUAAAU